GCGAAGACUUACAUUUUAAAGAAAUGUAUAACAGAGAUGAAAAAAGCGAUUACCUGACUACAACAUCAUGUGAAGAGCUUUGGAGUUUAGAUAUAACAAUUUUGAAUACAGUAGGUGUAUCACUUCGUGAUGCAUUUGGUGGUGAAUAUCGUAAAUCAAAUUUAUUAGAAAUUACAUUAUAUAUUGUGGGGCUUAUUGUACAUAGUUUAUUCAUAUAUUUCGCUUUAUACACAUUGUAUGUUGUCAGAAAUUUUGAUUUAGAUUUUAUUACUGAUUUCAUCCCGCUUGUAUUUGGUAUGUCAAUGACUAUUCUAAAGGGAUCAACGUUAUGGUUUUAUCGACAUGAAUUAUUUACAAUUUUGAAAGAGUUUAAUACGAGAUGGAUUUAUACCAGGACAAAAGUCCAUUUACUAAAUAAAAUUAACGACCUUAUUAGUACUUCGAAAAGAGUACGUUACUCCUAUAUGAUUGCCAUUGUAAUUAUCAGUUUAUCUUAUGGCCUACGUUCAUAUGUGUUACUAUUUACUUACUACUUCAAAACAGUUGUCCUUCAAUCGAAUGGUACAAUGGAUUUUUCAAUUGCUUUCUAUCCACUUACAUAUCCAUUUACGCAUCAGACAAUGAAUCGAUACAUUUUAUUGUUAAUGUAUGAGCAAUGUGUUAAUUAUUUUGCUGUUUGUUACAUAACAUGUGAUACUAUUUUCAUUCAACUUAUGACGCACACUUCAAUUAAUUUUCUGGUACUGGCUGAUGAUUUUAAAAAUAUGAAUCAGCAUAUUGAUGUUUGUGAUAACCACAGCGAUUGCAUUCAACAUUUUAUAGAAUUAGUUAAUCAACAUCGUUCUAUGUUAUCAAUAUGUGAAAAAAUUGAAUCUUCAUACAGCAUGAUUGCAUUUUUUACAAUGGUAUUAAACGGAUUGGAUCUUUGUAUAUGUAUUCUUUCUUUAGAUAAACAAUUAUCGGAAGGAAAUUGGGAAUUGGUAACAAAAAAUGUAGUUCAUGCAUUUGCAAUUUUCGUCCAAAUAAUAAUUUACUGCAAUUUUUCAAAUACGGCUACAGAAAUGACAGCACGUAUUCAAAAGUCAAUUUAUGAUUCAGAGUGGACGAGUUGUAGUAUUAAAUUUAAAAAAUUAUUAUUUUUAAUGAUGACAUGUACCAGUGAAAAAUAUACGUUUUCAGCAUAUGGUAUCAUUGCACUUGAUCGUGAGCAAAUGAGGACGAUAUUUCAAACUACGAUGAGUUACUUUACACUUUUAAGAAGUUUUACAUAAUUUUUGUACACCUUAUAAUUGCGGAAUCUUAAAACCUAGAGAUGUAUUUUGUUACUGGUAAAAAGUUUGCAUAGGUCACGCCAGAUGAAAAAUCAAUUAUUGUUGUAUACAAAAUAUACAAAUAAUUUCAUAAAUUAUUGUAUUAUAUCAACUAAUAAUUCUGUCGUGUAUAUGUGUGUAUGUGUGAAUCCCACUAUAAUUAAAAUUUUUUACAGACAACUGAAUACUAAUCAAUAAAAAAAGUAAUUAGAUUUACUUACUUGAGUCGUAGCCUUAUUUAUGUUUU